AUGUCUAUGUCAUUUUUUUCGUCUCUUCUCAGAACGGAAGUAGGACGCACGCCGACAGCACCAACAAUUCUAGUGUUGUGUACAUUUUCAGUUGGACUCGGUGAUCGAGUAACUCUGACUGAAUUUGGUGCCGAUGGUUACAAUGCUGAAGGUGGAGGUCCAGUGAAUUCCGGAAGUGCCCUGACAUGUAAAUUCGAUGGCCGUCCAUGUUGUUGGGCCAAUGUUCCACCUCCAGAUGAUCAACUAGACUGGCACAUUGGAACUGGAGCACCGAACACUACGGUAUUCAGGAAUGCACCUGCCCCUGCUGGAAGCUAUCUGGUGGCGUAUGCUCGUGGAGCGGCACCGUCUGAUGAGGCUCAGUUCUCGUCGUGUUCGAUCGGAUGCACGGCUAGUGACAUUACCGUGCGAGCAAAGCAUUGGACAUCGGAGAAUGUUCUUCUCCAAGUCUGUCUUCGGGAAUCAUUCCCGAACGCUGGAGUUGCUCACAAUCCUCUUCUCAAUUGUCAAGAAUUCCCCGCUUCCGACGGACUGACGGCAACUGAACUUGUUCUGCCAAAGACGUCCCUGGUCGAUAUCGUAUUCGUGGCAUCGAACUUCAUCGGAGAAAAUGGGGAUAUGGCAAUUCUCAAUGACAUCGAAGUUUCUUACGACAGAAAUGGUCCCGAGUGCGAAGAAACGAGCAAUUUCGAGACCGCCAUUAAAUCAACGGAGAAGAGCGCUAAGGAGUUACGAGCGAAGCUGACAUCGGUUGGAGAAGGUUCAAGUGCAAAAUCGGCCACCGAACGUUUUGGUGAAGAAGGAUUUAAGGCGAGACUACGUAUCGACUUGACCCCGUCCAGUGGACAAAAUCAUGCCAAGGGAACAAAAACUCAAAAGUUCAGCGAGAGUAUUUGCUCUGCGACGAAAUGCGACUUUGAAAAUGGAAAUACUUGCCAUUACAAGGACGCCUAUCAAUCACAAUCAAUUCGUGGACUUACUACGAAGUUCCAAGUUGUAAAUGGGCAAUUCAUGAACAGAGUGACUGGUGUUAAAGAAAGCAGUGAAGGUGACUUCUACGCGGCCACAUUCCUAUUUCCGCGUGAAAUGGCCGGCCUUGAAGCAACAACGGAACCAUUCACCGAAAAAUCCCGGUUACGUUUCCAGUACUACGAGGGCACGCACGGUGUACAGCUCAAAGGAUGCUGCAGCUCCAUCGAGACGUGUCCGUUCAGCUCUGACAAGUUUGUUAGCGUGUCUGAUCGUGUAUGGAAGACGGCCAGUUUCCGAUGUCCAAAAGGAACUGAUAGGGUGAUCUUCCUCUGUGAGAAUACUCGAACGAAUCAGGGUGCAUGUGCUAUAGAUGAUUUGGGUAUGGUGGAAAACGAAGGUUCACUCAAGGAUGUCCGACCUCUAUGCUAG